UUCUAUAUUCUUCAGCCGCUCCCUCAAAAUAAAAAAAACUCGGCGCCACCGGUUUCGUGCGUCUUCUCUGUCGACUUUGCCGCUGGUAUAGCCGUCGGUCAAGUCAGUCUUUUGGCAGCGAUCUGGACCUCCCUUUUCCCUCCGUUCAAUUUGUAGAGAAUCUUUUAAUUCCUUCUUCCAAUAGUAUAAUCUGACCUGGUAUUGUCAUUCCUUGAAUAUGGAAGAAGCAGGGUUGAAGCUGUUAUCAUUUCCGCCUGAUAAUCCUCCACUUUCCAUCAUCAUCGCUGCUAAGAUUGCGGGAAUCGAUUUACCUACUCAGACUUCCUCCUCUGUUUCAUCUCCCACUUUGUUUUUCUCAAACGGGCUCAAGUUGCACGGAAAUCAUGUAAUUCUUCGUUACAUUGGUCGCCUGGCUCCUAUUCCUAAUUUAUACGGUGACAGUGCCUUCCAUGCUGCCCAAAUUGAUGAGUGGCUGGAGUAUGCUCCUAUUAUUUCAUGUGGUUCAGAAUUUGAGAAUGCUUGCAGUUACAUGGAGGUAUAUUUGGAGAAACGUACCUUUUUCGUUUCUCAUUAUUUCUCCGUUGCUGACAUAGCUAUAUGGUCAGGUCUUGCUGGAACUGGGCCAAGAUGGGAAAGCAUGAGGAAGUCAAACAAGUACCCAAACCUUGUUCGCUGGUACAAUUCUAUUUCUGCAGAAUACAGCGAACCCUUGAAGGAAGUUACUUCUUUGUAUGUUGGCAAAAAAGGGUUGGGAAUGCCAGUGGGUUCUAAAUCAAAAGAGGUAAAGAGUGUGAAUGGAGAUAAUUCUGAUAAGGCUAAAGCAGGUAACCGAUCGUCAUCUGAAAUAGAUCUUCCUAAUGCUGAGAUGGGCAAGGUGCGAUUGAGAUUUGCUCCUGAACCAAGUGGUUUUCUUCACAUAGGGCACUCUAAAGCAGCCUUAUUAAAUCAGUACUUUGCUCAACGAUAUCAAGGUGAAGUAAUCUUGCGAUUUGAUGAUACAAAUCCCACCAAAGAAAGCAAUGAAUUUGUAGAAAAUCUUAUAAAAGAUGUCGAGACAUUGGGCAUCAAGUAUCAAGAGAUCACCUAUACUUCAGAUUACUUUCCAAAGUUAAUGGCUAUGGCUGAAAAGAUGAUACAUGAAGGGAAAGCCUAUGUGGAUGAUACCCCACGUGAACAAAUGCAGAAAGAAAGGAUGGAUGGUAUUGCAAAAUGUAGGAGCAACAGUAUUGGGAAUCUGAAGUUGUGGAAGGAAAUAAUUGCUGGUUCUGAAAGGGGAUUGCAAUGCUGCCUUCGUGGGAAGCUAGACAUGCAAGAUCCAAAUAAAUCUCUGAGGGAUCCAGUGUACUACCGUUGCAAUCCAGUUCCCCACCAUCGAAUUGGGUCCAAAUACAAAAUAUACCCAACUUAUGAUUUUGCUUGUCCAUUUGUCGAUGCCGAAGAAGGUAUAACCCAUGCACUCCGAUCUAGUGAGUAUCAUGAUCGCAAUGCUCAGUAUUAUAGGAUUCAAGAGGAUAUGGGGAUGAGAAAGGUAAUCAUAUAUGAGUUUAGUCGCUUGAAUAUGGUUUAUACUCUUCUCAGCAAGCGAAAGCUACUCUGGUUUGUGCAAAAUGGUAAAGUAGACGGAUGGGAUGAUCCUCGAUUCCCAACUGUCCAAGGAAUUGUUCGUCGAGGUCUAAAAAUCGAUGCCUUGAUUCAAUUUAUUGUGGAACAAGGUGCAUCAAAAAAUCUUAAUCUUAUGGAAUGGGACAAACUUUGGACUAUCAAUAAGAAGAUCAUUGAUCCUGUUUGUCCUCGGCAUACAGCAGUCAUUGAAGAACGACGAUUGUUAUUGACCUUGACUAAUGGUCCUGACAAGCCAUUUGUUCGCAUUAUCCCUAGGCAUAAGAAAUAUGAAGGUGCUGGAGAGAAGGCAACUACAUUCACAAAGAGAAUAUGGUUAGACUAUGCUGAUGCAGAGUGCAUAUCUGUGGACGAGGAAGUAACCUUGAUGGAUUGGGGAAAUGCUAUUGUGAAAGAAAUCUUUAAGGAUCAGGAUGGAAACAUAACCCAGUUAGUAGGGGUUUUGCAUCUUGAAGGAUCUGUCAAGACAACAAAGUUGAAGCUCACAUGGCUAGCAGAAUCAAGCGAACUGGUUAACCUUUCCUUGGUGGAGUUUGAUUAUCUUAUAACAAAGAAAAAGCUCGAGGAAGGAGAGGAUUUCCUAGAUGUACUGAACCCGUGUACGAAAAAGGAGAUCGCAGCAGUCGGAGAUUCCAACAUGCGCAACUUAAGGCAAGGAGAGAUAUUGCAGCUAGAGAGGAAAGGCUACUACAGAUGUGAUGUGCCCUUUAUUAGGCCCUCAAAGCCUGUGGUUUUGUUCGCAAUUCCUGAUGGCCGGCAGCAAAGUGUGUCAAAGUAAGCAUUUUACCCAUCUUCUUGUCGACCCGUAACGACUACAAUUGAAGGUAUUAGUUCUCUCUCUCAUAUUUGGCUAAAUUUUAGGACAUGCGUGUUUGUGACAUCGUUUAUGUCAAGUAACUUCGGGAUUCUUGUGUUUCCUUUAUCUUUGUCAUAAGAAGGUUAUGUGCCACUCUCUAUUUCAGU